AUGGACGACAUUUCCGACCGGGACAUUCCUGCGGCCUCCAUCGAAGGUCCGGAGUCGAGCACAUCACCCUAUAUGGAUUCUGAUGAUGACCGGAAGAUGAUUAGAAACACAAACGAGCCCUCGCCAUUGAUCCAGUUUCUGGCCAUGAACGUUAUCCAACCGCCAACUCCUCGAGCCACCACCACCAGAAUCAAACAAUCGGCCUCUAUGGACCACUCAAACCCCAUGUACCCUUUCACGCCCGCUCUUUCCACUUACGUCGCUCCUUCCACAUCUGCUGUUCCUUCCACCUCUGCUGCUCCUUCCCACAUUGUCGCUCCUUCCGCUUUCCACGCUCCUUCCCCCUCCGUCACUCCUUCCACCUCAACAGACUCCGUCUCAACCACCAAGAGCAAUCGCUCCACCAUGAAAGCCCGCCUCAGCGCUCUCAAAGAAUCUCACCUCUCGGUCAAACUGAUCGCCAACCAUUUCGAAUCUCAGUACCGCCUUUCUAAGUUCUCCAAUAUUACCCCUACCAUUCCAAAAUGGCUCAACCUCCGCGAAACAGCUCGACAGCUCGCACGACUUCCCCUCACCAACGGUAAAACCUACAAGCUCCCCAUCCGCCGCGCGACCCGCGAGACAGCCCCCCUUGUCAAGACCUGGCGAGCCAACCACGCCACCUGGCGCGAGGCUUGCAACACCAACGGGAAGAUGCCAUGGCUGGGCACCCGGUCUGAACUUUUCGCCAUUGAGGUUGUCGAGAAGAGGAGCUGGGGUGGGAUGCCGCGUUUUAUUACGAGGGCUUUUGAGGACGAGGGGGUUCAGUUGGGGUGGAUUUUUGACCACGAUUAUGUCGAGACUGUGGAGCCGACGGGCGAAGGAUGGGAGAAGGUUCCGGAGUUUUGGAAGGGGGCGAGGAUUUUUGAUGCAGUAUGGAGAGUGUUGUACAUGAAGGUGACUAAGGGGAAGGUGUUGCCGUUGGGGUUUGAGGAUGAUUUGACGCAGUUGGUAAGGGAGGUGGUUGUUAGUGGGAGCUGGCGGGAGGUUGUGGAAGAGGGGUCUGUGGGUUCGGAGAAUAGCCUGGAGGGUGGGGAUGGAGUGGUGGUGCAAGAGGAGGUUGGGGUAGCUGAGGAAAUGGAGGUGGGACAGAAAGAGACGCAGCUUCAGGAGAGGGUUCAGGAGGAGAGGGUUCAGGAGGAGAGGGCUCAGGAGGAGAAACUCCAAGAGAGGAGACGUCUGGAUGCAAAACGCAAGAGGGAGAAGCGUCAGGAGGAGGAGAAGCGUCAGGAGAAAAUACGUGAGAAGCAAGACUCACAGAGCGAACGGAUUGGAGAAACCCAGAAUGAGCAUCGCAACACCAGUAUCACACACCAGCAGACACCACCGGCCCCCCAACCACCACCGAGCACAGCAGUAAACUGCUGGCCGAUGCUGAAGAAAGAGAUGAUGAAUCCUGUAAAGGAGGUACUGCGGGAUAUUAUGCCCAGUGCCCUAGGGAAGAGGCAGCUUCAAGAGGACACGGAGGAUGAUGAUGAUGCCACUUCGGUGGCGCCAAGAAAGAAGCAGAAAGCUGUACAGCAUGUCGACACCGCCGAGCAGGUCAACCUACCAUCUCGCCCCAAGGGGUCUGAGACACCACCCGCGAAGGUGGGCAAGACCGUUGAAACUUUGGGGGACGACAAAGGGGAAGACAAAAUCGAGAAGGAAAUGCUAGUAGAUCUCGUCAACAGGCAUAAUGCGGCCGUGAGCAAAAUCCUCAAACUCGAGAACCAGAUGGAAGAGGUCACCAACGAGCAUGGAGCAAUGAAGGAGAGGUUACGGGUAGUAGAGGAGGAGAACAGGAUCCUCCGUAAUCAGAUGACGGCGGUGUUCCAUCGGUUGGAGUUGGUAGAGAAGAGUUACUAUCGCGAAUCUCCUCAGUCUGCCCAAGGUUCACCGGCUCGGAUUCAGCCUGGUCUCCGGGCUCCUAGACAGCCGGUCAAGGCUGAGCAGCAGCGGAAUGAUGGGCGUAUGAGAGGGGCAAGUUUUUAUGAGGGGCGUACGUAUAGUCGUCCUUCGAUUUGA